GCUUUAGACGGAUGUAAACCUGGUAGGCGGAUUAACUAUAUAGUUCCCGAGGCAUGAUGUCUUCGAGCAUGCUUCAGAGUGCUAGAAAGUAUGAAGCGGAGAAGUGGAGGUGACCCCGCGUGGGGGUCGUCGAUCCGGGGUAUCCCCAGUUCCCCGUUCCACCCACAUUACUACGUACUAGCACCAUCAAUCUUGAUAAGUAGUCGAUCAAUUCGCUCCGGCCUUCUUGAGCGUGUUCCCCGAGAGCCAUGCUCAUCAAUUCACUAUAUGCUGAUUCUGAUCUGCAUCCAUGCUUACCAUGAUGUUACUUGAUGGACCUGGAUUUGAACUUGGUCUGGUUGAGAAAAGGCGUCAUGACAUCGGAGUAAGUCCGCUCAGCAGAAGUCAUGAGGCUU